AAUUCCUCUAGGUUUAGCAUUCUUCAUCUGCUAGAUGAAUGUUGCAUUAAGGUCUGUUCGUGUUGUUGGGAAAUAUAGUAAAGCCUCAAAGAUUUACCUUUCUUCUCUUAGAGCUAUGUCUGACGAGGUUUCAAAAGCAAAGGAUGCCAAGCCAGGAGGUGAUACAAUAUUUGGAAAGAUAAUUCGGAAGGAAAUUCCUUCUGAUAUACUCUUUGAAGAUGAUAGCUGUUUAGCAUUUCGUGAUGUUAAUCCACAAGCACCUGUUCACUUCCUUGUGAUCCCAAAGAAACCUAUAACAAUGUUAAGCAAAGCUGAAGAUGCUGAUGCUCCUUUAUUGGGACAUCUUUUGAAUGUUGCAAGAAAAUGUGCUGAUCAAGAAAAGUUGGAAGAGGGAUAUCGUGUUGUUAUCAAUAAUGGGGUACAUGGUGCUCAGUCCGUGUAUCAUGUACAUGUUCAUGUUCUGGGAGGACGACAGUUGUCAUGGCCUCCUGGUUAAUAAUGAAAAUACUGGUUGAUUCUUUUAACUGUAUGCAUUAAGUUUGCACUUUGCAUUCAUAGGGAUUUCAAGUAGAUCUAUAUUUUAAUAAAUGUUUCAUCUAUAUCUUCGGAUAAUUUUCUUUUAAGGAAAAAAUGUUUCUAGAUCUUUUUUUGCUUAAUUUAUUGUCUUAUAUUAUCAUUAUCAAGUUCAUUACCUUGAGACAUAG